AUGGAAGGAACUUUCUCAAUUAAAACAAAGGUUCUUCAACGUUUGAUUACAGGGAUCCUAGUGCAAACCUUUUUGCAACUUACCGGUGAAAACUACUUUUUCUUCUACGGAACUACCAUCUUCAAAUCUGUCGGGCUUACUGACGGUUUUGAGACCUCAAUCGUUUUGGGUACCGUGAAUUUCUUCUCCACUAUCAUCGCUGUUAUGGUCGUCGACAAGAUCGGUCGUCGUAAAUGUCUAUUGUUCGGUGCAGCUGGAAUGAUGGCUUGUAUGGUUAUAUUUGCUAGUAUCGGGGUGAAAUGUCUUUACCCCCAUGGCCAGGAUGGUCCCUCUUCGAAAGGUGCAGGUAAUGCUAUGAUUGUGUUCACCUGCUUUUAUAUAUUCUGCUUCGCAACAACAUGGGCACCAGUCGCUUAUAUCGUGGUUGCUGAGUCGUUCCCUUCGAAGGUCAAGUCCAGAGCUAUGUCCAUUUCAACUGCAUUCAACUGGUUAUGGCAAUUCUUGAUCGGUUUCUUCACACCAUUCAUUACCGGCUCGAUCCAUUUCUACUAUGGUUAUGUGUUUGUUGGAUGUUUGGUUGCCAUGUUUUUGUACAUAUUCUUCUUUUUACCAGAAAACAAUCGGUUUAUCUUUGGAAGAAAUCCAAUUACUGUACGAAGAAGGUGUGAAGCCAUGGAAAUCCACAUCUUGGGUUCCACCAUCAAGGAGAGGAGUCCAUUCAGAAGAGACUGA